AUGUCUUCAGAACCUACUGUAACAAAACCAAUAUUUUCACCAAAUCGUACACGUUUGAAAACUUCGGAUCAAAAUAAUUCUAAUGAACAUGAAUUAUCAUCAUCGGCAGCAAGUGAAGAAAGUCAUACAUUAUUAUCUGAAACUGUAACAACAUUAGCAAGUAAUGUUUAUAAUGAAUUAGAACGUAUUAUAAAAAAUUUCGGUGAAAAUAGUGUAAAAGAUCUGAUGCCUGUUAUGAUAUCAACAUUAGAAUCACUUGAUAGUGCCCUAAACGAACGUGAAGUUAGUAAACUUGAAAUUGAAUCAUUAAAAGAACAGAAUGAACAAUUAUUUCAACAAUAUGAACGUGAAAAAGGUUUUCAUAAAGAAUAUCAACAGCGUUAUCUUCAAGUUGAAGAUCAUCUUGAAGAAACGAAACGUGAAAAUGAUGAAAAAUUACAAAGUCUUGAAUCUAUUGUUAAAAUAUUUGAAAUAAAAGCACGAAAUGCUGCAGAUCAUGUUGCACGUUUAGAAGAAAAAGAAAAUGAAAUGAAAACAGAAUAUAAACGACUACAUGAACGAUAUUGUGAAUUAUUCAAAGCUCAUUGUGAUUAUAUGGAAAGAACGAAAAUUUUAUAUGGAACUGAUCGAUUGGAUCAAUUAUCUACGACACAUAAUGCUCCACGUUCUCGAGGUAACCUUCCAUUAACAUCUCAACAACAAUCUCAAGUAUUAGACAAUAAACAACCAUCUUCUAAUGAACCAUUAACCGAUGAAAUAAUUCCUUCACGUCCAGAUCUUUCUUUCCAAACUUUUAAACAACCAACUGUUGGUGUUAAUUUUCGUUCGGAACUUGAAGCUGCUGAUGGUAAACAAACUCAAACAGAAUCAAUGACCAGUAAUGAUGCAGCUGUAAAUACAGAUGUAGCAGCUAGUGAUGAUGAUGAUGAUAUGUCAACAAAUGAUGUAAAAAAUGCAGAAGUUUUUUAUAAAGAAACACAAAAUGAAAAUAUUGAUAUAUCAGAUGUGGAUUCAUCAGCAGAUUUAUUUGGUAUGACAAAAGAAGUAUCAAAUUUAAUUAAAGAAAAUAAUGAACUCCUUGAAACAAAGAAUGCAUUGAAUGUACUUAAAGAUGAUUUAUUAGUAAAAAUUGAAGAAUUAUCAAAUGAACAAGAAAUUCUUCGAGAAGAAGUUAGUUCAUUACAAACAGUUAAAAGUCGAUUACAAUCGAGAAUAACCGAAGUUGAAGAUGAACUUCGUAAAACACGUGAAGAACUUGAAAAAAAGAAAAAAGAAGAAGAGGAAGAUGUACCGAUGGCAGAUAGAAAGCGUUUUACUCGAGUUGAAAUGCAACGUGUUCUUCUUGAACGUAAUCAAUACAAACAACGUUUAUUUGAACUUGAAGAAGCUAUUCAUUGGCAAGAUGCUUUACGUGCAUCCAAACAUGAACAAAUGCAUCCAUCAACAACCAUGCAUGCGAUGGGUGAUAAUGCAUUUGAUCAGACACAAAACAAGAAAAGAACAACAUUUUGGAAACUGUGA